UUUUAAUAAAGCUGGAAAAAAUGUAUAUCAGAAACACUUUUAAAAAUUUUUUGUGCGUGUGUUUAUUGUGUAUUGCUUCAUCAAACUAAGCUAUACUACAGAGGUACAACUAACCAUGUGGAAUUAAACAAAGAUCUCAAUUUUUCUGUUUUGACUGGUGUCACUAUUUAAAGCACAAUCACUCUCUUUACCUCCAUUGUUCUCAGUCUGAAUAUAAUGUGGACACGUUAGACUCUAUAAGAGGCUUAUAAGUUUUGAGGACUUUGACAUUUCGAUGACGUUUCUGGUCCCCGGAAGUAUUUGCAGAGUGAGCGCUCUUCACUUUCUCGCCCCUCUUUGGUGAAAAUCAUUCCACUACGUCAAGUCGUCCCGUCCGCUCGGUGAAGAUGUCUGCGACGGGUACAGGCGGCUGUGGACCCGGACCCGGACCCACCUCGGGCACCGGGUCCGGGGCUUCAAACCCCCGAAAGUUUAGCGAGAAGAUAGCGUUGCAUACCCAGCGGCAGGCCGAGGAGACAGCCGCCUUCCAGGAGGUUAUGAUGGACAUCACCUCGACCAGGCUUCAGGCUCAGAAGCUCCGUCUCGCCCGGAGUCAGGGUCCGUACUACGGCGGCUCGUUACCCAACGUCAACCAGAUCGGCAGGAACCCUCAGGACUUUCAGGGCUCCUUCCCCUCCACUCUGGAGUCGAACCGGUCGACUCGGCAUCACGGCCUGGUGGAGCGAGUCCAGAGGGACCGCCGGUUCAUCUCGCCGGUCCGACCGUACCGCAACCGACAAGUGGACAACUCGCCGUAUAACUCUGCCUACCUGUCCCCGCCCCCCGACCCCAGCUGGAGAAGGAAUUGGUCCGGAAACUUCCCCGGGGAUAAAAGCCAGUUGUUUCGUCUCCCCACCACUGCACUCAACAGGACCAACUCCGACUCGGCCCUCCACACCAGUGUGAUGAACCCUCCCACAGGAGACCCCUUCACCACAGGUGGACCCACCUUCACCCCCCAGAGCAGCAGACGCAGCGGUCAGAACGAUGGAGAGGGCAGAAGAAUGUUUCCGUACCCGGUUCCUCCCAUUGAAGAAAACGUGUUGGACGAAGGGAAAAUGCUCAAACCCUGGGACACCAAGAAGUUGCCUCUGUUGUCGUCCAGACCCAAGUCCUGUGAAGUCCCAGGCAUCAAUAUCUUUACGUCCCCGGAGCAGCCGUCCACGCCGGCUCACGGCGUCCCCUCAGCUCUCAACACCGGCGGCUCGCUGCCCGACUUGUCCAGCCUCCACUUCCCCUCCCCGCUGCCCACGCCGCUGGACCAGGACGAGCCCGGCUACCCCGGAUCCUCCUCUCUGAGUGGGGGCAGCAGCACCGGGAACUUGGCCUCCACCCUCACGCAGCUGGGCAUCAACGCCGCCAACGCAACGGGAGGCAACGGCAACUUCCAUCACCACACGCCAGGUCUCCUGGCGUCUCUACAGAGCACGCUCAGCAACCCCUCCCUGCAGUCGUCGCUAAGCAACCCCAACAUCCAGUCGUCACUCAGCAGCCACUCCUUCUCUAACUCUCUGAGCUCCGCCUCCCUGCACUCGUCUCUCAGUAACCCGCUGCAGUCGUCCCUCAGCUCCUCCCCCUCCCUGCCGUCCUCCCUCAGCAGCCAAUCGCUGCACUCCUCCCUCAGUAACUCCUCCCUCCAGUCGGCGUCCAGCGGUAACCCCAGCUACAGCAGCGGAGUGGGCGGGUCCAGCUCCUGCUCCUCUUCCUAUUCGCCGCUGCUCAGCGGACAGGGUCAGCCGUCACUAAGCACGUCGCCGCGGAGACGAGCCCAGCUGUCCCCGCUCAUCCUGCCCAUGGGAGGGGAGUCGCGGAGGCAUCACUCCAAGCAGUUCUCCCCCACCAUCUCCCCCACCCUGUCCUCCAUCACACAGGGCGUCCCUCUGGACACCAGCAAACUGCCCCUGGACCAGAGGCUUCCUCCGUACCCCCUCAGUCAAUCCCACCAGCACCAGCCGGGCCCCCACCAGCCCCUCCCCGGUCUGCCCGGCUCCCAGUCCGGCCAGCAGCCUCCUCCGCUGGGUCAACACCACCACCAACAGCUGCACCGCCUCCAGCAGCCGCGGCCCAACGCCCAGCAGCAGCAGCAGCAGCAGCAGCAGCAGCUCCACCUGCAGAACCUGCGCAACCAGCACAUGCAGCAGCACUUUGGAACGCAACAGAGGCAGAUGGUGCCGCACAUGAACACAACGAACACGUCGCUGAUAAAGAACGAGAGCGCGUUGGAUCAGUGCGUCCAGAGCUCCUCGUCCUCUCAGUGUCACGUCAAACAUGAAGCGGAGCAGCAGGUGGAGCAGCACAGAGUCGGCGGCCUCCCGCAGAUCCAACAGAUCAGCCACAACCUGGCCACGGACCUCUACAACGAUGCCUUGCUCAACUCUCUGCUGGACGACCCGUACCUGAGCCUGCAGCUCACGGGAAAAGCCAACCAGCAGUUCACAGCGGCGAACCAGGGCGACGGUCUGACCCUGAACCACAGCGGUCUGAGCUGCGGCAGCACGGACAAGAACCAGUUCCCCUCCAACACCCAGGGGCCCCUGGGCCUGCAGGACCCCAGGGACCAGCAGCUCCUCAACAACCAGAACCAGAACUACAGCAGCGGGGAGGGACGACACAACGUGCCCAACAUCAUCCUCACAGGAGACUCUCCCCCAGGUCUGUCCAAAGAGAUCGCCAGCGCUCUGUCCCACGUCCCCGGCUUUGAGAUGGACCCGUUCUCCCUGGACGACCCGCUCCGGAUGGACCCGCUGGCUCUGGACAUGCUGGACGGUGACCUGAUGCUCGCCGACCCGGCCGUGGAGGACUCCUUCCGAUCCGACCGAUUGAAGUGAUCCCGCCACCCCCACCCCCCCUCCACUCCACUCCAGGAGCUCGGUGGGAAUCCGGCGAAGAGACGGCGCCACCCUGACGGAGGCGGAGAGGAACGCCGCCCACUCACCACUCCCCCGGCUGGACGGCAUGCAGAGUGAGGUUUGGACGUGACUGGGGAAUCUCUCCGUCGUUCAGUGACGGAGUCUCGGAGGGACAGACCUGAGAUUUCGGUCGUGCGUCAGAGUGAACUGAUGGAGGGGGAGUUUUUCCGUCGAAGGCACUUACUGAAAACGCUCUUGCGAAGCUUGAAGUCAAGAAAAACCAAGUUGCUUCUCUUUAGGCAUUAGCUUGUCGAGUCUUAUCUGCAUGUUGACAAAUGCACUCGCGUAAAUGCAAAACACGCAGGAAUCAAACGCUCACGUGAUGUCGGCUUUGUGUAAGAAAAAAAAAACCAGCAGCGCUUGGAAGAUCUUGAAAAGCUUUAUGCACCUGGACAGACCUUUUGUUUCCUGUCCGCUUCAUCCUGCCGCCACGCCGCAGGAAAGACGCCGCUUUACCCCAAACUGCCAUUAGGUCAGGAGAUAACCACCAGCAGAGGCUUCCUCUGCUCUAUCAGCCACUUUGACAGGAGCUCAGCCAUGAAACACAGAGUUUAUAUAUUUAAAGAAAUACACAUGAAUAUAUUUGAGAUGUCAGUUCAGAGAGAUUCUCCUCAGAACAAACUGCUCUGGUCUUAUUUCAGAAUGAGAAGCAGGUUGAAGGUUUGGGAUGAAGUUCAGGUUCAACAGUCGCCGUGUUUCCCCCAACUGUCCGAUGAAAGCAGCUUUAAACCCUCAGAUCAGACUGAGAUCACACGGGGCACUCUGUUCUCUUUUAUGUGAAAUGAAUUAUAAAUCAUCAGCUGAGGAAACUCAGUGAUAUUCACAAAUAUUUUAGUAGUUUUUUAUAGUUCAUCUGCAGACAAAGAUCAUCUCUUUUAAAAUUUAAAACUCAGACGUCUCAUCAUCAGCCAAUCAGAGGCGUCUGACUGUGAUCACACGGCAGUAUAAAGUCAGGACCCCUCGAGUCCAGUCCGCAUCAUCUCAAAAUCAUCUUUAGACCGGACUUAACUGGACUAGAGAGGGAGGAAAUGAGCGCCCUGUCUGAUCACAGAGAGUCAGUUCAUCCUCCAGUUUCUCCAUCAGACUUCACGUCACUGAGUCGCAGUCUGGAGGCUGGAGGCUGGAGGCUGGAGGCUGGAGGCUGGAGGCUGGAGGCUGGAGGCUGGAGGCUGGAGGCUGGAGGCUGGAGGCUGGAGGCUGAAGGCUGAAGGCUGGAGGCUGGAGGCUGAAGGCUGAAAGCUGAAGGCUGGAGGCUGGAGGCUGAAGGCUGGAGGCUGGAGGCUGGAGGCUGGAGGCUGGAGGCUGAAGGCUGGAGGCUGAAGGCUGAAGGCUGAAGGCUGACUCAGGGAAGGUCAGCUUCAUGUUUCAUCUUUCAGACUAAGACCUGUGUCUGUAUGUCUGUCUGUAUAUCCGUCUGUCCAUCCACAUUCCCUCUCUACAGUAGCGUCUUGCGUUGGCGUUACGAUCGGAUGCACUCGGCUGCAGUUGUUGCACAUGAAUCGUCUCUAACUGAACAUUAUGCAACGAUGAAGAUGAAUGUGUUGAACGAUGCAGAGGUCGAGCGGGAGAAACAACACGGAGGUUGUUUCAGAUCAGUGUGCGGUUACCCCGACGACACAUCUGCAUCUUUUUCCCCCCGCUGAGAUUCGGUUGGUCUGACGGCUUCAGUGCCGUCGCUCCUCAGGCUAAGAGCUUUAUCGUCCCUUCAGGUUGUUUAAAGACUGUUCCACAAAAACACUGACUUCAUCUCAAAACUGUCCUGAAAGAAUCGUGAAGCUGCAGAGAGCUGAAGUGUUGUGGUCCAGGAUCUGUUCAGCAGGUGUGAAUCUUUGUCAUGUGACGUGUAACCUGCAGGGCUCUAGGGCUUAUGGGAAAUGGUGUUCUUUAAAGGCUGCAAACAACAGAAGUAUUGAUUAAACAGUGAUAUUAGCCUGUUGUUUUUGAACGUUCUUCCUGAUCUGAAACACAUGAAACUGGAUUUGUUGUAAUUAGUGUGAUUACAGAUGUUAAUAAGGUUUUCUCACCUCUGGAUCCAGUUCCAGCUUCCCUUCAGCUCUCUGUCGUCUUCCACACACGACCACCUGACAUGACGUCAUGUCCUCUAACCGUGUGCGUCAAAGUCGUUAUCUGCUGCACACAAACAUGUUAAUUGAUCAUUUGCUCACAUGAAAUAACGACUGGAUUAUUUCAGGACCCAUUAAUUAUUUGGAGGUUUGUGUGAAGUUUCAGUUCAGUGGCAUCAAACCGUCACUUCCUGUUCCUGGUCCCAUGUCUUCAUGAAACAGAAACAGGAAGUCGUCUUUCAGCCAUGAGCACUUCUCUACAAAAUAAAACAAGAACUUUCAUCUCUGAACUUUCCACAAUAAACUGCUCAGAUGCCAUUUUUUGGUGGCACUGCCCUUUAACCCCAGUCACUGUGUUUGACAGCCCUAAGCCCCGCCCCCUCUCUCCCUGCACUUCCUGCGUCUGUUCCCGCAGCAGCACGGUGACGUAUUUUUGUGUAACAAAGGUAAAAAAUGAUAAAUAUUAAUAUUCUGAGUAUAAAGAAGUUUUAUUUUUUAAUCUGUUUGUAUAUAAUUUGUCUUUUAAAGAAAGAAAUCAGUAUAUUUAAGACGAGAAGAAGAAAAAAAAAAACAGCUUGUAGGAGUUUGAAGUCAGACGGAGAGUUUCUGAACAACAGCUUGUGAGAUUAGCUGCACGUGUCCUGAGUGAGUAUUUACAUACAUGUUGUUUCAAGACGUUUAGGUCUUUGUCCUUGUCGUAGUCCGGUUCAGUGAAGAGAGAGACUCCCCCUUCUUUCUCUUUGUGUUUCAGUCUCUGAAGAAUCAGAGUUGAGUCUCAGCAGCAGCAGGACAGAGAUCAGUUCAUCAGGUUAAAGCAUCAGUCUCAUGUCCGUCUGCUCAGCGUCUCCGCCUCAGAUUGGGUCUUUUGUCUUUCAACUCAUUCAAAUUUCUAAUUUUUCUACCUUUCAACUGAAACUCCAUCUCCAAACUCUUUCACUCUGAGCUCCUCGUUUGAAAACGAUCGUUUGACGAGUCGUCGAUUAUCAACAUCCAGAAACUGAAAUCAGAUAAUCUGAGUCGUGAUUCAGUCAGACCUGAACACGCCACUGAAAAUAAACCUCCAUAAAUCUGAUGAGAGAUCAGUGAUAGUUGUCAGUUCAUCAGUGGGUCAUAACAAACAGGAAGUUAAAAUGAUUCCUCUGAGCUGUCGGGUGGAUUUUAUUUCCAGAGAUGAUUUGUUGAAAGUUCAGGUUUCGUGUCGACGGUUGUUUUAAUGGUUGAAGAGAAGAAAAUGAUUUAACGUUAAAAAAAAAAAAAAAAAAAAACAGAUAAAAAACACAAAAAUAAAAUAAAUUGAACGAGUGAAUAAAGUCACAGAGCGGGAAGAAGUUUCCUCAAAUUAUGAAUGAGAUCAAAAUCAGCUUUUCUUUGACCUGAUCAGCUGGAUCAGAUCAAGUUGAUCAGGAUCAGCUGGAUCAGGAUCAGCUGGCUCAGGUCUGUGAACGCCUGACUGAAGGUUUGUGGGAGGAGUUUUAGCUUCGAUGGCGUUGGAGCUUUAAUGGAGUUCAUCAGGGGCGUCCUGCCUGCGCCUGCAGCGAGGAUGUUGGCCCAGAUGAUGAAGAGGUUUCAGAAAGUAGAAUCCGGUGUGAGUGCGCCCCCUGCAGGCGGGUCCGGGCUGCUGCUGUGACGCUCUGUGAAGUUAAUGAAGGGAUAAAAGAAACUGUGACGUCUUCAUGGUCGUCUGUGGACGCCGACACGACGAGACAUAAACAAUUACUUCAAAUAAGAUUUCACGACCAGUUUAACAAGAGGUUGAUACGUGUGAACAGGUGGAGGGAAUCGAACCAGCGACCCUCUGAGCUCUUUAACAGCUUUAAUCAGCUCAGUCUUCUGCUUCUGGAUCCUUGUUUCUGUUGGACUCGUCACGUUCAGGUGAAAGUUCAGGUGUGAGUGAGGCGUUCAGGGUGAGUUUGGAAAGUUGACGUCCAGGUUGAGCAGCGGUCUGUCCGGUCGGCGCUGGCAGCUGACGAGGCGUCGCUCAGAGGUGAAAGGUUGAAGUGAACAAGUCGAGGAGCUGGAGUGUUUUUAUGAACCAGGAGGUGAAAUGAAUUGUGGGGGAUCUUCUCUGUGCGGCCAUGUUGGAUGAAAAUGUUACUGUUUGGCUCAGUUACAGUCUGUGUUGAUGUUGUUGUGUUCAGGUGCAGGUGGUUCAGUGUUGAUCUGAGGUCAGUUCACUGUCGAAGAGCUCGACAGGUAAAAGCUGCAGCUUCCUGCAUUUCAGAUGGUUGAAGGGAAAUUCAUCAAAAAACUUCUUUAACGUUCUGAGCUGUGAAGAAAUGUAACGUCAGCCUGAGUCACUUUGUGCAGGUUUCACAACAAAAACAAAUCACUGCGUCUGGUUUGAUUUUUUUAAAACAAAAGUUCCAGUCAGCUUCUAAAACCAGUCAUGGUGUUUUACUGGUUUUACUGACCAACAGAGACUGACCCCCCCCCCCCCCCCUUCCUAAAGGAGGACUCUGGUGGUUUUAGUCUUUCAGGAGGUUUGAGGACUCACAGGAUCCAGAUAUUUAAAAACACACUUAUUAAAAUCUGAUUAAAACAAACAGAAGCUGCUCUGGAAACUAAAAACUACAGAAGCCCAGAGAGAUUAAAAAGCCUCUCAGCGCUUCUGUUCACAGAUUAAAAAAACUAACAUUUUGGAAAAUUUCCCUUUUCACUUGCCUUUCUGGGCUUCCGUAGAAAUUGGAUUGUUAUCGAUUGUUUUUUUUUCUUCAUCAGUCUGAUUAAUCUGCUCGUUCAGGUUUUAAUCAGGAUUCAAACGAACAGUGAAACCAGAUCAGACCAGAUGAUCAGUUUGUCACAGAAAAGUUUCCUAUGACAUAAACAGACGACUUCACGUGCACAAAGUUGUUUUCAACAGAAACACGGAACAAAAAAAAUCUUUUUUUAAAGGAACUUUUCCUUGGAAAAAAAAAACAGAUUUUCACUUUAAAAGCAGCGUCGUUUUAUUUUGACAGUCUCAGUCACAGAAGGUCAAAAUAAAAGAUCGUCCCAAAAUCCACCAUCCUCUCCACCUGUGUGUGUGUGUGUGUGUGUGUGUGUGUGUGCGUGCGUGUGUGUGCGCGCGCGUGUGCGUAGCAUUUUGCCUUUUUAUGCAAUAAACCUGAUGUGAGUUAACAUGCAGUUCCAGACUCUGCCAGUAGGGGGAGCUGUUGACCAGCGAGGUAGUGAGUGUGUGUGUGUGUGCUUGUGUGUGUGUGUGUGUGUGUGUGUGUGUGUGUGUGCAGAUUAGGGAUCAGUUAAAGGCCAUAUUUCUUAUUUUUUCAUAUUUUUUAUUGAUGUAUAAUAUUAAUUUCUCUCAUUAUUAAUGUUAUUGUCAGUUUUUAUGUUUUUAGGCUCCAGAGAAAAGACGAGCGUUCUGUCUCCUGCUUUGUAUUUGAAUAAUACAUUUGACUUUUGUUGUAUUCAGAUUUUUAUUUGAACCUUGUAAUAACCAGGGAACGUCGAGUGUGUUGUACAUAUUAAUGUGUUUUCAAACCAGAGGUGCUUCUGAAGCUAACAGGAGAGAUUUUUAAAGAGACUGUACCUUCACAUUAUUUUCCAGAAAAUAAACAGAUGAAACCUGGAACAUCUG